GCCAUGCAGUUCCUUUUGGGAGUGGCUGCUCUCUUCAUCGCUUUCUGGAAAAGCCUGGGCAAAUUGGCGUGGCCUUUCUGUCGAAAAUGGCUGUCACGAGGACCGUCCUUUGGCUUCUCACGGCUCGUUACCCUGCAGAGGACAGCACUAAGGGACAAUGCCUUGCAAGCUCUGAGUGAUGCUUUGGGGGGCUCAUUGCCCUUCAAAGCGGCUGCCAUGGACAUCGGCUACAUCUCGCUGUCCUUAGGCUUUGUCGUGGGCGUGCGGCUCUAUGUACAGAAUGUGACCUUGGUCCUGGAGCGGUUGCCUGAGGAGGUGCAGUGGCAGGGUGGAGAAGAGACAGCCCGCAGCGAGGUCUUGAAUCAAAGUUCUGCAGAAGCGAAGAAAUUCAUAGGCCUUGUUGAGAAAGCUAAGAAGCCACGCCCACCUGGAGGCUUUUUGGCUCGAAUUCUGGAGAUGUUUAUUGCUGGCACAAAAGUCUCAGUGGAGGAGUUCCAGAUCAUUUUCCAGGAUCCUCUCGAGCGGCAGGAGUUGUGCGUAGGUUUAUGUUUUCACCUUCGGACCUCCAGAAGCUGGAAAAUUGAAUUUAGGGGCACACACCUUGUAGCAGAUGCAAAACUUCGCAUCAGCUCUGGAGGUGAAGAAUUGCUGACACCUUUAAAGCUCUCAGUGGAUGUACAUUUGCCAAAGGUGCUACGGACGCUCCUCGUACCGAUGCGAUUGCCAAAGAAGACAGCAAUUGCAGAAGUUUUAGUGGAUGAUAUCAAUUUGCAGCUUCGUCCAAAAAGCAUGGUAUCCUUGACAAACAUCAGUGACACCAUGAGCAGAUUUGGUGCCUGGAAGAAAGACGUGGUUGAGUCAGUGGAGCGCAUCCCACUCACCGCGGUGGAACUGAGAAACUACUUGGAUGCAGUGAAGGGUCGCAAGAAAGAUCUGAGCGAGUGGGAGCAGAGAAUGACGUCCAAGGAGAUAGUGAAUGCUCGCUGCAGUGCUGAAGCUUGGCCAGUGCCAACAGACUUGACGGUUGAGGCCUGGCUGGAUCAGCUGGCAGAAGAGCAGCGUCCAUUGCGGUCCUUAAACGCCAAGGUCGAUAUGGCUUCAUUCACUGCCGAAGUUCUACAAGAACACGAAAUGCCAGGCAUGGGAUGUUCCCUGCGCCUGAAGAAUCUAAAGCUGGGCGCAGCCACCACAGACCCGGACAUGAUGUCGAAUUCCAGGGAAACCGAUGCCUUCCUGUUGGCUGUUGGAGAAGAGGCAGAUGGCCCAAUGCCCAAGAUGAAGGCAACUGUGCAGUUGGAAUCCAUGCAGAUCGAAUGCGAAGCACUGGGAACACAGGCAGCUUCUGUCUUGCAGCCUUGUAGCAUAGAGAUGAAAUUCGCCAAGUAUCCAAGUGCAUGCGGGGAAGAUCUCCACCUCAAGUUUCAGACACGUGCAUUGCAAGGGCAGAGCUUGACAGCCACGCUUUCCAGCCGCGCUGUGUGGCGACUACAACGAGCAUUGCGGAAUCUCUCUGGCAAGGCAAUCCAAAACGACCUUCCUGCGAAGGGAGGCUCCACUGCCAGUGUCCAGAGGGAGGUGAUCAGACCACGCCGCCAUGCAGAUACGCACUUGGAGAAGGUUCGGUCGCUUUUUCAACGCUUGGACCACAACCAGACUGGCACCCUACAGAAGCAGGAGGUGAUGGAGCUGCUCGAGAACAUGUACAUCAGGUUCAUGACACCGAAGGAGAUCGAGAUAGCAGCAGAACAUCUUGUGAGUUCUCUUGGAGAGAACAAGGAGCUGAGUUUCCCACAGCUGGAGGAAUUCUUCCUGAGGGCAGGUGCAUCAGAUGCAGCCAAGGGCCAAGUGUGCCUACAGCUCCACGAACUUACAAAACCCAUCCCUGCAAAGUUGCAGGUGCACGAGGUUUGGAGCAACUUGAGAGUCUCAGUUGAGAACAGCAAGACUUACAGCAGUAAUGUUGUGGACCUUGGCGCCAUUGCAGCCGCUACCCUGCAGCUCUACUGGGUUCGGACGCUGCAGAACUACAAGGAAGCCAAGCGCCUUUGGAAGGAGAAAUUGGCUCCGUCACUGGAACCGCACUUCAGGCCUUGGAUGUUGCGAGGUGAUAUGCCCGCCCUUGAUGUGUGGAGCGAUCCCGCUAUCUCACUGCGAAGUGUCCUGUUUUACGCCAAGGAGGGUCAAGACACCACGAUGAACGUGGAGAUUUCAAUGGAUGGCUUGUCUGUGAGGUUGGCCGAGACCCAGCACGCCAGCUCAGUACCAAGCGCAAAGCUUGACCUGGCUGAUCUUCACCUGACGGGAGGCCUUUACCGUGCAGCAACAUCCAAUUCUUUUGUGCCGCUGGAGUCCGGAUUCCAUGGACGCUUGCAAUUGAGUGCUGAGUACUGGAACGAAAGGAUUCGGAUCACCGAACCCUUCGUGGAACCCUGGCGAUUGCGACUCCAAGCUACACCCUCCAGGCUGCUUCUGCGAGCAGAAGAGCAUCUGGUCUUAAAUCUCACGCCACCGCUGCUGCAAGCACUGACUGUGGCGUCCAAUGCUUUGGCCUCUGCCAAGGAGGAUGCCUUUGAUGUUGAACACAGCACGGCACCAGUAGCUGUUUGGGUUUACAACCGGACUUUGUGUGAUGUCCGAAGCACUCCUGUUGAGAUCUCCCGUUGGGCCAUGCAGGAGCCAGUUGCGGUGGAGCUGGCCACGAGUUCCACAGAAUCGCCUGCUGUGGGCACCAGCCGUUGGGUGCUGGAGAUGGAGCUCCGUGGUGGCGACGCGGACUCGGCCACGACUGGGACGGGCUGGUGGGUUCGUCAAGAGCUCCCCUUCAGCACCAGUGGACGAAGGUUGGUCUCUGUUGGACAUCGCCACUUACUGUGUGUCUCCUUCUCUGUGGAUGUGAGAACACUGGCGCCAGUCGUGUCACUGAGUGGAAUUGGCGUCCUAGAGAAUAUGACCAGCCGUUCUUUGACGGUGAACCUGGGCAAAGAUGGAGAUGGCAAUGAACAGACAGUGGAUGUGGAACCGUACCAAAGCUGGCAAGCAGGCAUUGGUGGCGGCUACGAGGUCACGAUGCCACUGGACAAACUCGGUCACUUGAAGGCCAAGCUUCCGUUGGACAGUGAGCCCCUGGAUGACCGGGAGAAGCUGCUGGAGCGCUUUGCUGGGUAUCGUUUCGUGCCGGGCCGAGUCACAUCGAGUCACCCUGGAAGACGGUCGAUGUCAAAAUCAUGUCAAAAUCUGGCCUCACGUGCUGGUCUUCUAACAAGAGGCAUUCAGAUUCUUCGUUGUUUGGCAAGUUGCAGCCUCUCAAAUGGAUAG